UUUAUGCUCUUAACUUCACCGUGUCAACUUCAAAUGUUUCAAACCCCAAUUCCACAUCCACCAUGAAUCAUUCUUCACAACCCGAAACACCUCCACCCUCUGAUUCCAUCACCUCAUCACAACCCGAACCGCCACCACAGUCUGAUUCCGCCGCCAAUCCAUCAUUUCCCGAACCAUCGCCACUGUCCUAUUCGACCACACUAUCCGAAUCACAGUCUUCGUUGUUCCAUUCCUCAAAUUUUCUAUCAUGCUUUCGUAGUUUGAGAAUUGAGAUCCUAACUUCCACUCCGAUUCUCUUCAUCUUCGACUCGGAGCCACCAACCAACACUGAAACCAUCAUGUAACAAAAAACGACACCGUUUCGAUCAAUGGUUAAGGGUUUGCACAGCCAAAAUCUCCCCGCCGAUGUAGCACAUGUCGUCGAUCAGCUAGAGCGCCACUGCUUGGCUCCCGAUGGAUCUCUCAUCUCCAAGCCUCUCUACAACAAUCUACAGCUCGCUAGAGAGGAAAUGUGCUGGGAACGACUUCAAUAUCUCGAAGCCAUGGUAUGUGAAUGUUAUCUUUGUUAUGAAGCCAUGGUAUUUUUCCAAACAUAAAUCAUUUUAACUUCAACUCACUUUCAGACAGAAUCAAUGUACUCAAUUAAUUUUCUUCACUGCAGAACCAAACAUACGAUUAGGCUUUUAGUUUAUUGCAUUGCUUGCUUGUAUUUAGUUGGAUGUGCCAUGAAUUGUCAAUUUUGCUAUACCGGAAGGCAAGCCUAGUUUCUGUCUGUAAUGAUUAAUUCAGUGGCUACUCCAUCAUCUUUCACUUUAUUGCGGCGUUGCGCGGUUUCAUCACACCAACUUCAAUAGCGCCUGAUUCCAUCCAAAUUCCAAACACCACAUUGGUUCUUUCCGUUUCCUCAAAAAACUACCAUAUCUAUUGCAUACAGAUACAUCGAAAUUAGGUUUCAGAGAAGCGGAAAUGACAUCGGUGGCACAGGAAGCUCAGCGUGCGCUUAAUAUCCAGCCUCCAAAGACUAAACUGAAGGCUCGAAGAUUGAAAGGUCACAAAGAUAGCACUAACUGCUGCAUUGCCUCGUCUCAAAACCCUCGCCUCAUCGUCACUUCCGGCGAGGAUGGUCGUGUUUGCUGGUUUGAUUUACGAUGCAAUGAUGAACCGCGGCUCACUAUGGAUGUUAGCGAGGAGUCCAUUCUUUCCUUGUGUUUCAACUCAGGGAAUGAAGAUAAUAUUUAUGUCUCGUCAGGAAAAGAAAUCAACUGUUUUGAUGUGCGUCUGGCCGGCGCCAAAUGGGAGCUGCUGGAGAUACUAGAUAGUAGGACUUGUAUUUAAAUAUAAUGUUAU